UCCCCAGAAAAUUGAUCAUGACUACUGAAGUUGUAAAGGUGGAUGAAAUCCCUUUUCCUUCUCAGAUCACAAAGGCUAAGCCAUUAAAUCUUCUUGGUCAUGGAAUCACAGAUAUUGAGAUACACUUUUUGCAAAUUAAGUUCACAGCAAUUGGUGUUUACCUUGAUCUUGAGGUUUUGAGUCACUUGCAACAAUGGAAGGGGAAAGCUGGAAGUUCUCUAGCAGAAGAUGAUGACUUUUUUGAGGCUAUUGUUUCUGCUUCUGUGGAGAAAUUAUUGAGAGUUGUAGUGAUCAAGGAGAUUAAAGGGUCACAAUAUGGAGUGCAACUGGAGAGUGCUGUGAGGGACAGAUUGGUAGAUGAUGACAAAUAUGAAGGUGAGGAAGAACAACAAUGAAAAAAUACAAGACUG